AUGAAGAAGAGCUACAGAAAAUGGUACAAUGUAAUGUGCGUUCGCGUGUCUGCAGCCAAAAGAAAAUACAGAAGAUCAGUCAACAAAUACACCAAAAGAUACCUUCGUCGUGCUUCAAGGCGUGAGAGAAGACGUAUCCUCAAGUUGAAGAGUAAGGCAAUCAGAAAAUACAAUGCUGCUAUCAGCAGAAUGUACAGACGUGCAGUCAAGAGUUACAAGAGAGUUAUGAAGAGAAUGUACAGUACUGUUCUCAAGUUCCACAGAAGACUUCGCAGAUUCUCUGUAAGGUGCUUCAGAAACCGCAAGACCAGAAUUACCAAAUACAGAAGAUCUUUGAAGAAACGCAUGAACAAAUAUGUGAGAAGGUACAAGAAGGUCAUGAAGAGAUUCGUCACCAAGAGAGUUGCCAUCUUCAAGAAACUCCUCACUAGAGUCCAUUGCUCCAGAACAUGGAAAAGACGUGACGUGCGCAAAGUUAUCAGAGUCUUCAGAAGACGUGAAACAAGAGCAUACCUGAGAAGGGCCAGCGUAUACAGCCGCAAGCUGAGAAGUGCAACCGCCAGACUUGUGAAGAAUUACGCAUGUGCUUAUCAAUGUGCAACAGGAACUUUGUGCUUCAGAAGAAGACGUUAUUACCGUACCUGCCGCAGAAUCAGAUACGUGUGGAGAUUCAAAAUCAGAAGAUCCAGAUGCUUCCGUUUGAUCACUUACAGAUUCAAGUACAGACAAAUGAGAUUCAAGAAAUUGAAAUCUUGUAACACCAAAAAGGUCAAUGUAUCUGUCAAGAAAUUCACCAAAAAGCUGAAAACCAGAAGAAACAAGGCAAUUUCCGCCGCAUGGAGAAAAUACAGAGCAUGGAGAAAACUUGCUAUCAGACGUAACAAGAGCGCAUUGAAAAGAUUCACCAAAAUUGUCAACAAGAGACACAUAGUUUUGAGAACCUAUUUCAGAUCCACUUACUUGUGCAGAUCCCAACGCAUCACUAAACGUUAUUUGAGAAAGUUUGCAGCAUACAAGAGACAAUUGCGUCGUCAAAAGAGAAGGGCAAUCAGAAAAUACAAGAAAAUGCUCGCAAGAAGACUUGCAAGAGCCACCAAGUUCUACAAAUCCAGAAUUGCUAGCUACAAGAAGAUGAUCAACCGUUUGAUCUCCAGAGUUGUUAAGGGUUACAAACGUUGUUUGUCUACCAGAAAAAUAAGAAUCACCAAAUACAGCAGGCGUCUCAAGAAACUGAGAAGGAGAAUGAGGACACGCCUUUCAAGACGUCUGACCAAGAUCUACAAGCUGAAGGUGAGGCAAUAUGCUAAAUUCAUGAAAUUCUACACCAGCAAAAGACUCCGUGGUGCAGCCCGCAGACUCUACAAUGCAUACAAACUCAAGGCAAGAUCUGACAGAAACAGGGUACUUCGCAAGUUCGACAGAGCAUGGAGGAAACACAUCCGUACAUUCACAAGACACUACGCUUGUUCUUACAGAUGCACUUACCGUGCUAAAUUCUCCGUCCCAAAGAUCCGUGUUGUCUUCAGAUACAAAUGUGCCUUGCCUACCUACAGGGUGUACCGCUACAAAAUCAGGCGCUUCUGCACUUACAGAAGAUUCAGAAUCGUUAGACGCAAUAGAUGUUACCAAUACAUUCGUUGUGGAUGUGCUUAAAUGCAACAAUGACCGAACGACCGACCAACAAUCAUUUUAGUUUAGUUAUAGUUUAGGCUGUUGAGUUUACAUCAAUUGCGUUUAACAUAUUUUGCUUUUGAAAUAAAAUUCA